UGGAGCCAACUCUUAGUACUAGCACUUAACCUAGUUCUUCAGUACCGGUAUCUGCGCGCGUCAACGCCAGUCCGAUGGGAAGCCAGCUUCUGUCCACCGUCGAGCGUCGCGAGGUCCUCCCGGAGAGCUAUAUCCGGCCGGAGUCUGACAGGCCGCGGCUCGCCGAAGUGACGACGGACAGCAACGUCCCGCUCAUCGACCUCGCGUCGCCGGAUAAGCAACGCGUCAUCGCCGAGAUUGGCCUUGCUUGCCGCACCUAUGGCUUCUUCCAGGUCAUAAACCAUGGAAUAGAAGGGGAGCUGCUGGAGAAGAUGAUGGCCGUGGGUCUGCAGUUCUUCCGUCUUCCGCCGGAGGAGAAGGAGAAGCUGUACUCAGACGAACCCUCCAAGAAGAUAAGGCUCUCCACCAGCUUCAACGUCCGCAAGGAGACGGUGCACAACUGGCGGGACUAUCUACGCCUUCACUGCCACCCUCUGGAGGAGUUCCUGCCGGAAUGGCCGUCCAAUCCUGAAUCCUUCAAGGAGAUUGUCAGCGAGUACUGCCGCGAGGUCAGGCGGCUCGGGCUCCGGCUUCUCGGCAUGAUCUCCCUCAGCCUCGGCCUCGAGGAGGACUACAUCGAGAAGGCCCUCGGCGAGCAGGAGCAGCACAUGGCCGUGAACUACUACCCACAGUGCCCGGAGCCGGAGCUCACCUACGGCCUACCCAAGCACACGGACCCCAACGCCCUCACCGUCCUCCUCCAGGACCCCAACGUCGCCGGCCUCCAGGUCCUCAAGGACGGCAGCCGGUGGAUCGCCGUCAACCCCCGGCCAAACGCUUUCGUCAUCAACCUAGGCGACCAGCUGCAGGCUCUGAGCAACGGCGCGUACAAGAGCGUGUGGCACCGCGCGGUGGUGAACGCGGCGCAAGAGCGCAUGUCGGUGGCAUCUUUCCUGUGCCCGUGCAACAGCGCGGUGAUCAGCCCGGCGGCGGGGCUCGUCCGCGACGGGGACGCGCCCGUGUACCGGAGCUACACCUACGACGAGUACUACAGCAAGUUCUGGAGCAGGAACCUGGACCAGGAGCACUGCCUGGAGCUCUUCAGAUGCGCCCAGCUGCAGCUCCAGUAACAAUUUGGCACUACACUGCUGGAGGCUUUGCUUUGCUUGUAAACUAAUAGGUUUGUUUGGCUAGCUUGUUUCGUGAAACAUCGUACGCCGGCCGGCGGCAUUCCGUGCCCGAAUGUGGUACCCGGCCGCUUUGUUGUGCUGUUUGCCCUGACCUUCCCCCACCCCCCCCCCCCCCUCUCUCUAUAUAUACCAUAUAUUAUGCCAUUAUGGCAUUAUAUACGUUUGGCGCCGCUAUGUAUGACAUGCAAAAAGGCAAACCUGUAAUCGAUCUAGCUAAAUGCAAAUGCUCGUAUUUUUCUUAA